GAACUUGUUCAGCAACAUGAGGUAAGUGCAUAUUCUGGAAUUAAUAGUGAUUACUGUUCGUGAAAAUUGUGUAGAUAUAACGUAUUUAUUCCCAUGUUAUUUUAAUAUAACUAACAAUGAGUUCCCUCAAGUUGCAGAAGAGGCUGGCCGCCUCGGUUAUGCGAUGUGGUAAAAAGAAGGUAUGGCUUGAUCCUAACGAAAUCAAUGAAAUUGCCAACACCAACUCCAGGCAAAAUAUCCGCAAACUCAUUAAAGAUGGUUUAAUCAUCAAGAAGCCUGUGGCUGUACACUCACGCUCUCGUGUACGUAAAAAUACUGAAGCCAGAAGGAAAGGUCGCCACAGCGGUUUUGGUAAAAGAAAAGGUACAGCUAAUGCCCGUACACCACAAAAGGAUCUAUGGGUACAACGUAUGAGAGUCCUGAGGCGUUUGUUGAAAAAAUACCGUGAAGCAAAAAAGAUUGAUCGCCAUUUGUAUCAUGCACUUUACAUGAAAGCAAAGGGUAAUGUAUUCAAGAACAAGAGAGUUCUUAUGGAAUACAUCCAUAAGAAAAAGGCUGAAAAGGCACGUACUAAAAUGUUGAAUGACCAAGCUGAAGCUAGGAGAACAAAAGUACGUGAAGCACGUAAACGACGUGAAGAAAGAAUUGCUACUAAAAAGCAAGAGCUCUUACAAACUUACGCUAAGGAAGAUGAAGCAGCAGCCACCAAAAAAUAAAUGUACCCUUCCUUGAUAAAUAAAAUAAAUUUAUAAUAAAUUUAAAA